ACAGCGAAUGAUCACGUGACCUUCAUUCGCGGCGAUUAUUUCGCUGCAUGAAACGGCACCUUUACGCCGCGUAUCCCUGCACGAAGAAAAGCGUCGUUGUUGCAACUGCCGCAAAUUGUUGUGAUUACUCGUGAUUCGGUAUGGAUGACGAGGACGAGACGUAUAAAUUAUGGCGUAUCAGAAAGACGGUAAUGCAAUUGUGUCACGACAGAGGUUAUCUAGUCACGCAGGACGAAUUGGAUCAAACGUUGGAACAAUUUAAGGAACAAUUCGGAGAUAAACCUAGCGAGAAAAGACCGGCUAGAAGCGAUCUUAUUGUUCUCGUGGCGCAUAACGAUGAUCCUACCGAUCAAUUGUUUGUCUUCUUUCCCGACGAUGCAAAAAUUGGCAUCAAAAUCAUCAAGACCUAUUGUCAACGUAUGCAAGAAGAAAAGAUCCACAGAGCAAUCAUUGUAGUUCAGCAAGGCAUGACACCAUCAGCUAAACAGUCGCUGGUUGACAUGGCACCAAAAUACAUAUUGGAGCAAUUUUUGGAAUCUGAAUUAUUGAUCAAUAUUACUGAGCAUGAAUUGGUACCCGAGCAUAUCGUCCUCACUCCGGACGAAAAAGAAGAACUACUAACGAGGUACAAGCUAAAGGAGAAUCAAUUGAUGCGAAUACAAGCCGGAGAUCCAGUGGCGCGAUACUUUGGUCUGAAACGUGGACAAGUUGUCAAGAUCAUCAGAUCAUCGGAGACUGCGGGAAGAUAUAUAUCCUAUAGGCUAGUUUGUUGAUGAAAGGAGGUAGGAAAAGUCAUAACGAGUCCUCGGGAAAUAAAUUGCAAUACGAUCGAAAAUUGUCAAUUUAUUACGAGCGUUUUAUAAUGGCAUAUCGUCUCAUGACUGUCCCUGUAUUAUUGUACUUAUAAUAAGAUUACAGUGACAUUACGACGUUAUUGUUAUUGCUGCUAGAAAUGUAUGGCAUUGAAACUGCAUUAAACAUCAAUCGAUAGCCAAUGGUUACGGUUUUCACAC